AUGGUGUCUUGUUUGGUGCAUCUUGGACCAAGUCUUGCUAGGAGCUCAUCAAACAUCUUUGGUUGUACUCUCAGGAAGUUAAAGAAGGAUGCAGGAUCUUCGUGUCAAACGGAGAACGACGGAGAGCGAUCGACAGAGACGAAGAAUGGCGGAGAGCGAGAUGGGAGGAACAAAGCGAGACGUGGGAGCGAGAACGGUGGAUACACACGGCGUGAGAGCUAUGUGAGCACAACAUGGGCACAAGAGAUCGUAUGGCUAAUCUGCCACGACGCUGACACUAAUGCUGCCAAAAAAUCUAACCUCGAAGACAGAUUUCCCAACUUGGAGCACCUCUAUCCAGGUGUUAAGAAAAUUGCGAAAACGCCACCACCACGCUAUAUCAAAUCACAUCUCCCUUACGGAGUCAUUCCCGCCGACAUCUGGAGAGCUAAGUGCAAAGUUGUCUACGUCGCACGCAACCCCAAAGACACAUCCGUAUCGCUGUAUCACUUUGCGCGUCUGCUACGGGUCACCCGGUUCACAGGCACCUUCGGGGAGUUCUUCCCUCAUUUCACCGAUUCUCCUGCAUUUUACGGUGGCUACUGGAGGCAUUUGAGAGGUUUUUGGCGCAUGCGCGAAGAGCCAAACGUUCUCUUCCUGUUUUACGAGGAUAUGUUGAAGGACACCCCUGCGGUAAUUAGGAAAAUCGCAAACUUCUUCGAAAAACAACUCACUGAAGAACAGGUACAGAAGAUUGCCCGGUACUGCAGCUUUGAUGAAAUGAAGCAAAAUUCGUUGUCGAACAUGGAGUGGAUGAAGGAGGCCGGUUUCUGGAUGGAUGGCGAAGGAGGUCUAAUGAGAAAAGGUAAAGUUGGCGACUGGAAAAACGACUACACACCAGAGAUGAGUGCUGAAGUGGAUAGACUCGUCGAAGAGAAACUUACGCCACUUGGAAUUCAGUUUACAUAUACGAGUGGUUAGAUUGAUUAGUUACGCACUGUCGCAGCUCAUCAAUAUAGGGGUGCAUUACUUGGGAGGACUACCAUCCACGCCGAGCCAGAAUCAGCAAACGCGAGUCAAGUUCAAAUCUGUGCGAGACCAUUAUUGUCGUGUGUAUUAUUAUUAAAGCUGCGCAACUUAAGAAGUUCGUUUUAAGCAACUCCAGCUUAUAGAAGUUAAACAAAUUCUCUCUAUAUAUAUAUAUAUAUGAAUGAUGAUACGAAUAUAUAUAUACUAUAUAAUACUAUAAAGUUACGUAUACGAAUUAUAAUUAAACUUGAUAUGUGAUAAACGUCCAAGAUUCACUUUGGUUCCUCACUUAGUUAUUACACUUCCAAAAUGAGCUAAUCGGCGUUGCGUGGCGGAUGUGUAGGCCUACAAACACUUUGUUGUUUUAUCUCCCCCAAGAAAGUUACUAUAUGGAAUUUCAGGUUAUUAUCGGGCCCUAGACUUCGUGCUCACCUACGCUGACGUAGUUGGCUCUUUCCGAGUGCAUUUACAUAUACGAACCCCACUUUUCAGUGUAAUAGCACGCUGUAAUUAAUCGCCCGUUUUGCGUAUCCUUUAAAAAAAUAAAAAAAUAUUUGAGUUAACAAAAUAUAUGUUGCGCGUUGCAAUGUAGUGUCGGCCGGGUGCACGGCAUUGUAAUUUUACAAGUAUAUAACUACAGAUACACGCGUGAUACUUGCUUGCCGUAUAACCAAGGGUGAAUAAUAGAUAGUAUUCGUGAUAAAUGCGUACUAAUAGUGUAUGGUAUAUAUAGUAGUAAUAAUAUAACGUAUUAUAUUUGACUCCAGAUUAUUAGAUGCAAUGAAUUGAGUACUUGGUUGUUACUUAGUAACCUUCUUUGACACGUGAGGGCAGCACCAGGCAGUGAUGUUGGCUAUUAACAAAUCUAUUAGUAGACCACCUAUUAGUAGGCAUGCUUUUCCCUACGCGCGUUACAAGCGAUAGCGCGGGUUGGUUGAUAUCAUAUCAAUUUAUAUUAUCAAUUUAAUCAAUCAUGUUAUGCAUUCGUACCGGCAUUCGUGAACGCGUGUGUGCGCGUGCGAUAUGGCUUGCGUGGGACUGUACGUUCGAGAUGGCAUAUGUUCGUUCGCCUUCACAUGCAUGUGCGCGUGCGAGCUCAAAUGUGUAAGGGAGUGUGUCUUCAGUUUAUGUAAAAAAAUUAUGAGGAUAUAUAUAUAUCGUUUAUGUAAUUGUCUGAAAUAGUUCUUUAUCACACAUUUUAUAGUUAAUAAAAGUCUACCCAUGAACGUAGUCAUAAUUUUAAAGGAUGGUUGAAAUGAAAUAACAACUGUGAAAAAUAAAACAAAUGAAUAGAAAUAUAACUGUCAAAGGGAAAAUAAUUGUUGCAUAGAAGUCUGCGUGCAUUAAUUCUUGUCUUAUUUAUAGCACUACGGUUGGGUGACAUUGGCAAAUAAAUGGUACAAUUCGUACGUGUAGCA